AUGCCGGCCAUACCGAUACAUCCUCCAUCAGGACAGCCCUCAGCUGGCGCCGCUGAAUCAGCGCUCCCUCAGCUGCUCCAGACGCCAUCAGGCUACGCGGUUGUCGAGAUUCAAGGCACGAUCAACGCGUCUGGAAUCGCGUCCCGGAACGAGAACGACGCAAAAGCGAUCGGCAAGAUUGUGUUUCCAAACUACCAACCUGGCAUGGCAGCCGACGACACAUCCUGGCACAAACGCGUCUACCUCUACGUCGGCAAGCAUCAGCGUCUGACGGGCGAGGUCAAGAAACUCGCGAAACCGCUUGCAUUGCUACGAAAAAGGGCUGAGAUCGGAGAUUCCGGCGAAGAACUGGUAAUCGCCGAAGUGGUUUACUACAAGCUGCUGUUUGCGCACCGACCUGAGCCUGUGGGGAGCGAAUAA